AUUGCAGCAGGGGCUACAGAAGUCUCAGUAUUCGGUGCAGCAUCUGAAGCUUUUAGCAAAAUGAAUAUUAAUUGUUCAAUUGACGAAAGCAUAGAAAAAUUUGAAGAAGUUGUUAAGUCUGCAAGGCAUAUGAAUAUUCCAGUGCGUGGCUAUGUGUCAUGUGCAUUGGGAUGCCCAUAUGAAGGAAGCAUCAGACCAGCUAAAGUGGCAGAAGUAUCUAAGCGACUGUACAGUAUGGGCUGUUACGAAAUCUCCCUGGGGGACACGAUUGGUGUGGGGACUCCUGGAAGUAUGAAAAGAAUGUUGGAAGCUGUUAUGAAAGAAAUUCCUCUGAGUGCUCUUGCUGUUCACUGUCAUGACACUUAUGGCCAGGCAUUAGCCAAUAUCCUUACUGCCAUACAGAUGGGAGUUGCUGUAGUGGAUUCGUCUGUUGCAGGACUGGGUGGUUGUCCCUAUGCAAAAGGUGCUACUGGAAACGUAGCCACAGAGGAUGUGAUAUACAUGCUUAACGGUCUUGGGAUCAAUACAGGAGUAAAUCUUUAUAAAGUGAUGGAAGCUGGAAACUUCAUCUGUACAGCUUUGAACAAGACAACAAACUCAAAAGUUGCACAAGCUUCCUUCAAUACUGGAACUAUCAAUUAA